AUGAGUUACUCUGGACGUGUUCUCUUCACUGGCAAUGACCUGCGACACCUUGCAAUCGCGUUCAUGCGCGGUGCCCAGCUUCACGACAUCCAGGAGCACAGGACGCUCCUUGGGGGGACACGCGCGUUGUCACGUCCGAGUCAAGAUUGGUCUCACCUGCAACUUGAAGGCAAAAACCAGCAAUACUCGCUGGGAAGCGAGGCCGGGGAGAUAGGGAUCAUCGACGCGCGAAUACACGAGUCUGGUCUCGUUGCGUUGACAGGGUCGUUGACGUUCUUGGAGGUGAAGGAGUGGUCAGGAGGCAAGCCACUCACGCUGGCCAACCCAGGCUUGUCGCAACCUCCCCAGUCAUGGGUCGUCAUCCCUCCCGACGAAACUAUCUCGCGACAUGUCGAACUCCUGCUUUCUGUGGAGACGACGAUAUACGGGGUCGACAACCUCUAGAGCCUCGACCAGCGUAUAUCCCGCGGACCCUUCACCCAUAUGUCUCCCUCCCCGAAUGGCAAGUCGCUCGCUCUUCUCAUCUUUUCUGGACUCCUUUGGGUCGUGUCGACGAACCUCCAGCGCAGCUUGGCCAAAUCCGACACGAGUGCGGUGGCAGGCGCCUCGGGGGACAUGCCUCAAGUGGAGCGGGAACGAAGCAGUGACGGUGACUUGGCCCAAUCUUGUAGUGCUGGUAGGACCCUUUGGGGACACUUUGCAGUACUUCUACUGUGGGUCGACAUUCGCCGUAACAGAGCCGGACGGUAUCCGUAUCGUCAGUCCAGACACCUGUGAUGUCGUUCAAAAGGUGCCCGCGUCCUCAGUGUCGGUCUUCCGUUCCGGCUAGACAUCACCCUCUGCUUUCCUUUUCGACGCUUGGAAGAACUUUUCAAGGCGGUCGCUAAAGGCAGACGAAAGUAUUCGCAGCAUAUGUCCAGAGCUCGCAGAAGCAGUAGACGAAUGCAUCGACGCAGCUGCGCGGGAGUGGGAGCCCUUCUGGCAACGGCGGUUGCUGAACGUACACUCUACCCUAUGCCCUCCCGAUGUCCCUGACUUCACUUUAUCCAAGUCGGGCAACUGCUCAAGGUCCUCAACGCCGUGUGCUUCUACGAGAUCGGCAUCCCGCUCUCCCAUAUGCAAUACACGCAGCUCUCGCCCUCGCACCUCAUCUCCCGUCUCCUGGCGCGGAACCUCCACCCCCUCGCGCUCCGCAUCUCGUCCUACCUCGCUCUGCCGCCCUGACGCAGUGCUCAAGCAUUGGGCGUGCACGAAGAUCCUCCGUUCAAAGCCGCAGACGACUGGUACGGGCAAGAAUGCGGACCUCGAGUCGGGUGAUGAGGCGCUGUCGUGGGUCAUCGUCGAGAAGUUUGAGACGCUCGGCAGAGGGAGUAGUGGGGUGAGCUAUGCGGAUAUCGCGAAAAGGGCGUGGGAGGUGGGAGGACGGUGCUGGCGACGAAGCUGCUGGACUACGAGAUGAAGGCGUCGGACCAGGUCCCGCUGCUGCUGUUAUCUCCCACCUGAGGGUGAUGGAGGGUGAUGGAUUGCACUUCGGCGGGCUUGCUCGAGGACAUCAAGAUAGCUGUACUAUAGUCUUGAAAAAGUAGGCCGAUGACAGUAAGCGUGCAUGGCGGCG